UCAAUAUAUAUAUGUUACGCAUGAAACCGUGAGGUAUCGCGUUUCUCGAUGUUGAGAAGUUUAUGAUCAUUCGAAGGAAUUAUCAAGUUGAUUUUAUACGAAAGUAAAAAAAUUGGAGUUACGAUGAGUGGGAAUCUUCGUAGAGAGGCUCUGAAGAUAUUCAAAAAAUUGCAUAGAACUCGACUCAAUACCUUUAAAGGGGACGAAUUCGCUUUGGACUUGACGAGACUGAAAAUCAAUGAAGAGUUUAGAAAAAAUAUGAAUGUAACAGACGAAGCGGCGGUUAUCGAGCUCAUCAAAUUUGCAGAGGCUAUUGAGCAUGAAAUAAGAACAACUGUGAUUCAGGCUGUUGAAAAAGGCCCAGGAAGAUAUGAAUUACGAAUCACUGAUGAUACAGUAAAAGUUAGCAACGAAGUUGCUCCGGGUUCCUAUGUUCCAAAGGAAAAAUUAAAGAAAUGUACAGACAGUGUGACGACGGGGAAAGCCGAGCGUACAUAAAUUAGUGGAAUGUAUUAUUCGUAAUUCUAGUAUUUAUAUAAAUUUUGAGCAUCGAACAUUUCGAGCAGAUACGAAUAUUUCUUUCUUGUUUAUUGGAGAACCAAUCACAGAUAUACAAGAUCGAAUACGUUA